GCUAUGAUAGCAGAAGAAAACAGUGAGCAAGACGCAGCAGAAGUUGAGGCACAGCAUUACUCCUGUGACAGUCCUGACACUAAUAUUCCCUUGUGUAUCUGCUAUGCAUGUGACAAGGUGUGCAUCGUAUGGAGUGCAGGCCGGAGUCCGUUUGCCAGUUCGGGUACAAUUCUUCGCUCGCGGUAUAUUUUGAUGAGGUUGUACCAAGAACAGGAGCUCUUGGGGACCUCUUCAUUGCCAGGGGCUCAGGGUUUUCACCGGUUAAAACGGAAAACGAGGUCGACAUUGGGGGGAGACUUGGGACUGUCUUAAGCGCAAAUUAUACAACAAUCAUAUUUAAGGUUCACCGGAGGUCUAAAGCUGGGCCUACUGAUGUCUCUGUAACGGUUCAGGGGCAUGGGAUUGCCGUCAAACGAGGACCGGUAGGCAGCACGAUGGUGCUCCUUCAGGCAUUAUUACUUCGUGCUGUUCGGCCACAGAUGAUUGCCAUGCAAGGCACUACCCUGGUGACUCUUACAGGUAGUGCCUUCGAUUCGGUUGUUCCCUCCAGAAUAUCUGUACGGAUUGCUGGCAUACCUUGCACAGUUCGCCUAGAAUCGGUGACUGAAAACUCUCUUGUUUGUGCAUCUGGGCCUGUACCUCCUAUGGCUGCUGCACCAGUAGAGAUGAUAAUACAAUUUGAUAAUGGACAAACUCAGUCUGCCACUGGACCUAUGGUUACUUCUGCGAUGUUUGGUGUGCCAUUUAUCACAAUGAUUGACCCUGACACAACAAGCUCUUCAGCGCCAGGGGACUUGAAAAUUUCAGGGGGUGGAUUUCGAACCAAGGAGAUUCUGUUUGCAGAAGUUGGGGAUUCUCCAUGUAGCAUCGACAAGCUGGUGGGAGACGUUAUCACCUGUAAAAUGGGACCAAUGAAGCAGGGCAAACAUCGUGUGGUGGUCACCAUGUUUCUGGAGGAUGGCACCUCACUGUAUGCGCAAGCACCACAAGAUCUAGAAGCUUUUUUUGAAAUAACAUCUUUCAGGCCAACAGGGAAGGGAAGCAUGGGUGGAGGAACGUUGCUCACAAUAACUGGGAGGGGUUUUGUCAGUGACUCCAGCUCUGCUUCAGAAAAUGUAGUGGUCGUCCAAGUUCCAAAAAGUGCUUCCAAUCCAUAUGGGGGAGUUCUUUGUGAUAUCACUUCAUCAACCACGACAGAGCUUGCCUGUAAAACUCGGCCACAUUGCGCAUCAGAUGGAGGUGUUGAUGAUCCAGAAGGCCUUUUAUGCAAGCAUGCUCCAACGCCCCCUGAUAUUGUUAUCCUAAAUGUUUGUGAAAAUGCGGUGACGGAUAUCCAGAAACUGCAAUGCUGGGUUCAAGAGCGAACAGUUGAUGCCCUUUGUCUGGACACCAGCUCCAAGUGCAUGUUUGAAUACGCUUAUGUUAAGAACAACUAUCCCAUGCUCCACGUGGAUGAGUUGUUUGAUCGUCUGGCAGGCAACCGCUUCUUCACGAAGAUCAAUUUUCGUAGCGGUUACCACCAGAUCCGUGUUGCCACAGAGGACCAGCCGAAGACCACCUUUCGGUCGCGCUUCGGCCACUACGAGUUCACGGUGAUGCCAUUCGGCCUCACCAACGCACCCGGCACCUUCCAGACGGUGAUGAACGAUAUCUUCAGGGACAUCCUUGAAGAAUACGUUCUAGUAUACCUGGAUGGCAUCUUGGUCUAUAGUCGUACCUUAGAAGACCAUCUUAGACACCUCUGCGAUGUCCUAUAGCGCUUAUGCAAGCAUGGCUUCUAUGCCAAGCUUAGUAAGUGCCGCUUUGCCCAGCAC